AUGGAUAUCGAAACAGUGGUCGCUCUGCUCACUAAGCCGCGUCAAUCUGAGUUUACUUUUGACUACUCCAUAUCCUCGACGCCAUCUCAAACGUACUGGUCUCUAAAUCGUGUGGGGAAGUCAUUUGAGGUGGGACUACAGCAGCAGACGGUCGGUGGUAUAUACACUUUCGUUAUUGCUUCAAACGAAGUGAUUCCAAACAGCACUCUUGAAUAUGCUCGGGAUCUUGUUGCAGACUUGCAGAGCCUUGGCAGCCACUUUUCAGACCUCCGGAAAGGUGUAGCGGAGGAUGUGGAUGACAAUAUUCAAGCCAGCAAUACAAGCGUUUCCGAAGGUGAGCUUGAGAGAGAAUCAUCGCCAUGUAUGGACGAGAACAGAUUUCCCAUUCAUCUUCAAACCAUGGUCGCUACCUUCCGGGCCAAAAUCUGUCUGUUCGCCCUCCCUAAACAACAUCUUCAGAAGCCGUGGGGUGCAACGACAAGAGGACAAGCCUUUGUGGAUUUCGUUGGGACGUUGCCUAGCAGCUCGCAACACAGAGAACUACAGAUCAUAAGAAGAUAUCUACUUCAUUAUUCGCUGGAUGCGAGCAAUGGAGAAGCCUCGCUACUAGACGACCUUUCGGAGGUGGAGAGCCCGGGGUUCACGCUUCGGAAACGCUUUGAUGGGAAGCAGAAUAUUACAUGUGCUAUACACUAGUCUUCGCAGUGCUGGAUAAGUC